GCAAGGGCAGUCCAGCCUGACAGGGAAGGUUGGUUCCCAGAUGUGUUGGGUGCCCAAAAGAUGUUGGUUGAAUGAAAGAGAGCUUGCGAAGUGGAUGGGGAGGACAGCGACAGCUGUCGAAGGUCUUCGAGCCUGGAGUUUAGGUCUGGGUCUGGCUUGGGAACAGGUCAGUCUGCUCCAGCGGGGAGAUGGAAGGGGCAGUCCCUCCCUGUGCUCACCAACCAUCUACCACUUGCCAACCACUGGUCAUGAGGCUGAGGGUACCCGCGUUAACAAGGCUCAGUCCGUACCUGAGCAGUGCUACAGUCAGGGAACUCGGUCCUGCUGGCAUUUUCCACCCCGACGCUGUGCACACCCCUGUCCUACCUCUUGCCACAGUGGACUCCGCCAACAUUGUGUCUCCUUUCCUCUGAACCCAGCACAAGGCCUGCUCAUGACAGUGACAAGACCCCACACACACACACCUACCCCGGGCUGAACGCCCAGAAGCCAAUGGCCAGCGACAAAGCCAAACCCUGUGAGCUCAACCAAGAGAAAUACGAUGCUGAUGACAACGUGAAGAUCAUCUGCCUAGGGGACAGCGCUGUGGGCAAGUCCAAACUUAUGGAGAGGUUUCUCAUGGACGGAUUUCGGCCACAGCAGCUGUCCACGUACGCCCUGACCCUGUACAAGCACACGGCCACGGUGGAUGGCAAGACUGUCCUUGUGGAUUUUUGGGACACAGCAGGCCAGGAGCGGUUCCAGAGCAUGCAUGCCUCCUACUACCACAAGGCCCACGCCUGCAUCAUGGUGUUUGAUGUGCAGAGGAAAGUAACCUACAAGAACCUGAGCACUUGGUAUACAGAGCUUCGGGAGUUCAGGCCAGAGAUCCCAUGCAUCGUGGUGGCCAAUAAAAUUGAUGCAGACAUAAAGAUGACCCAAAAGAGCUUCAAUUUUGCCAGGAAGUUCUCCCUUCCCCUGUACUUUGUCUCAGCUGCUGAUGGUACCAAUGUCGUGAAGCUCUUCAAUGAUGCGAUUCAAUUAGCUGUGUCUUACAAACACAACUCCCGGGACUUCAUGGACGAGGUUUUGCAGGAGCUUGAGAACUUUGAUUUGGAGCAGAAGGAGGAGGAAGUGCCAGACCGAGUGCAGCGUGGCAACAUCGAGAGCCCCUCCCCUUCCUGAGUCAGAGAAGGAAGCCUCUCUCCUCGUGGACUUUGGGGAGGGGGCGGUAUCUUUCAGAAUACCCUCCCCUCAGCAACCCUCCAGUUAUGAAUUGAAAAAUUCUUGCAGACCAUCUCCCUGUCUACCUCCUGCAAGCCCACCCAUUCCAUUGGCCUGCCCCACUUCCAUGGCCCACAACUCCUGACCCUUCCACAGUUGUCCUUUCCCCUGGACUCAGGUACCGGGAUGGGGUCUGCACCAGCAAGCACCCUUGACAGGUGUGAGAGAUCCACAGCAGACCCUGAAGCAGAAUUAGAGAUCGUAGCCUCAGCCUCCCCAGGUUGUGUGGAAGCAGGGAAGAGCUUCAGGAAACAUGCUUUGUGUGUCUCAAAUAAAAGGAAAUUGAGGUGUUUUCUCUCCCAGAACCGAACUCAGGGCCUAUUCAUUGUCUUUCCACCAAGGGAAUGAUUUCUAAUCCCUGAUGGCCCCUAUUCCCAACCCUACAGAUUUGGGGUGGGCCUCCAUUCUUUUUCAUCUUUAGUGUCCCAACCAACUUUUUUUCAGAAAUGGUUUUGAGCAGACAGCUGUUCCUAUCACAGGACAGGUUUACCAUUAAAGCCCAGGGAAACAGGUCACAAGUCCUGCCACCCUUAGCUGUACCGUGAGGCAUGCCCCUUUGGAUUCUAAGAAGAGCUUCCCUUUAAAGCCCCUGUUCCAGCCGAUGAUGCUUUCCUGCCUUUUUUUGAGGACUGUUGUGGGUACUGCCCUGUGGGGCAGGGAGAGGGGCCGCCCUGCUGCCUUUCCCACUUCCUUCCAGGACUUGUGGUUCACUAGUGUGUUUGAAUGAUCAUCUUGUGCAUCAUCAUUUCCGUUGUUUUCAUAUUUAUAGUAAAGUUUGAAUUAACAUAAACAUUUCAUGUAUGUGCAUGCUUGUAGGUCUGGAUUUCACUGAGCAAAAAGCCACAAAAUAACUUGCAAUCAUCAGCUAGAUGAAUGAGGGAAGCUGCCUUGAUCUGCCAUGUGAGGGCAGCCCGGUCAGCUCUGCUGUAAUGAAGACCAUUGCAGUGGAAUUUAGUGGUUUUUGUUUUUGUUUUUGUUUUUUUUAAGAUUUUGAGAGA